UAAAGUCGAGUCUUCUGAUGAUGUCAUCAGCGCGGAAUAAAAGGCGCGAAAGCCGCGAGGUGUUGUGCAGUGGAAGUCUCAGUCACUGGAAACUUCAGAUCAAAAUUCUCUAAUUCACACCUUCCAGCAUAUUUUACAAAAUGGCAACGGACGUAGCAGCACCGAGUACUUCGUCAGGAAGCCCAAGCAAAGACCUUGAUAGUGAAGCGAAAGAUCUGAUUGGCCAGGGACGACGCCACCUGGUGUUGGGAGAGAUUCCAAAUGCUGUGAACUGUUUCCAGGAGUGCUGUGGCAUCUUGGCUGCCAAAUAUGGAGAGACAGCAGACGAGGUCGGUGAGGCCUACUAUAUGUAUGGAAGGUCCCUGAUAGAAUUGGCUAGGCUGGAGACCGGUGUCCUUGGUAACGCCUUACAAGGAGUUCCCGACGAGUCAGAUUCUGAAGCUGAGGAGGGAGAAGAUAGCACAGUUGGCAACCCUGAUGACAUCAAAGGAGAGGAGAGGGAGAAAGUGUCAAAAGAAGUGGGACAAGCCUUUGAGGCAGUUAUAGAGGCCGCUGAGGCCGCCAAGGAAAAGAAAGAUACACCAGAACAAGAGGCAGAUGCAGGACAGAAGGAAGCCAAGGAUGAGGAUAAGGAAAGUGACGACACCAAGGCGAAGGAUGGUGGGAAAGAAGACGCUGACACAGACAAAAAGGAUGAUGGGAAGAAAGAUGAAGAUGCAGACAAGAAGGCUGAUGAGAAAGAAGAAAAGAAAGAUGACGCAGAUGCUGAGAAGGAAGAUGUAGAGGACACUGGGAAAUCAGAGGAAGAGGUUAGCCUGGACGAAGAGAUGGAAACAGGAGAGGACCAGUCAGAAGGAGCUGAGGAGAAGGACUCUGAGAAGGAGUCCGAGAAAGAAUCAGAGGCUUCUGAAGAUGUUGGUAACCUUCAGCUGGCCUGGGAAGUUCUGGAACUGGCCAGGAACAUCUACAGCAAGAAGGAAACCAAGGAGGACAGGUUAAAGCUGGCUCAGAUCUACUUACACCUGGGUGAGAUUGGCCUGGAGACAGAGAAGUACGACCAGGCUGCCGAGGAUUUCAUGUCUUGUCUGAAGAUUCAGCAGGAACUGCUUGAUGCUGAAGACCGGCUGCUUGCUGAGUCUCAUUACCAACUAGGCCUGGCCUAUAGUUUGAGCAAGGACUAUGACAAGUCCAUUGAGUACUACCGCAACUCCCACAACGUUAUCAAAUCAAGAAUAGGCUUGUUGCAAGGCAAGAUUGAAGAGCUGGAAACUGGUAAAGGGAAAGAUUCAGUGUCCUCAGAUGACCCCAUUGUGGUUCACAGGAAGGAGGUGGAGGAACUGAAUGCCCUGUUGCCGGAGAUCAGCUCUAAGAUAGAAGAUGCUGAGGAUAUGAAGAAAGGAGCUGAGGCAGAAGCCCGUCUCAUCAUGGCUUCAGAACUGGGCAUUGGAGCAGGAGCAGGAGCAUCAUCUUCAGCUGCACCAGCUUCUACGAUUGCAGUGAAGAAGGCAGGGGAAGGGUCAUCAUCAUCAUCUGCCGAUGCCAAACCUGCAGCCGACAUCAGCCAUCUUGUCAGGAAGAAGAGGAAGCCAUCUGACGAAGAUAAAGCAGACAGCAGCAGCGAUGCUAAGAAGCCUCGUCAGGAGAAUGGUGCUGGUGACAAGGCAGCCGUGAACGGGACAGCCGUCAAUGGAACAGCAGUGAACGGUACGGCUGUGAACGGUGCGGCAGGUAGCAGCACAGAGACAUCACCAGAGAAGGACAAAGAACAGGCGAAGAUCACCCCUAAGACUGUCGAAGACCUUAAGAAGGACCAAGAAUCUAAGAAAGAGCAGGAUACUGACACUGCUGCCAUGGAGACGACCUCAUCAUAAGUCACCAUGGUGAUGACCUCUCUCAAGUUUCUAUGGACAUGACCACUUGCUAAGAAAAAGGAGUGAACAAAAAACAUGAAUACCUUGUCAUGAAAUGGCCAUAGGUUGUCAAUAGCACAAAUAUACAUGAGGUGCUAUUAGUUUCCUACCAGGAAUCGAACAACUGGAAUAUGCAGCCAUGUGAACUACUUUUCAAAGCAUUUCUGUACUUAUAUUAUAACAUAGGUAAAUCUUGUAGUGAUACUCCAAAGGUUUUUUUGCAAUGGUCUGUUGAUAUGAUUGUGAACUUGGCAUAUAUGCAAACCUUGUAAAAUGUGUCAGUCCAUGUGCGUUCCAAAGAUGAAGUGAUAAAAAAAGACAGGUUUUAUUUCCAACGCCUGUUAUAAUAUGAACUUACAUCUUCAACUCAUGCCAUGUACUUUUUCUGUGACUUUGUGCAAGAAUAUUACUGACUGUUUUGGCCACCUACUUGCAUGUACAGAUUAAAGGUGUACAAAAUUCUAUCUCUGUAUUGAACACCUAAUCUUGCAAGUUUCCCACUUCUGGUGCUGGUCGGACUUCCACCGUCACUUAUACUAUAUCAAAGUCUAUAUUUCUAUAUGAAUAUUAGUAACUAGUUGUGUGUUUGUAUCUUGCUUAUCUCAUCAUGAAUUGCUCCUCUGCAUCUGUUGUACUACAAGUAGGAUUAAGAGUCUCUUAUGCCAAAAAUGUAAUAACUGGAUGCUAGUUGAUACUGUCCUCAAUGUAAAAUGCUGUUACAUUUUCCCCAUCUAAUGUGUUGUUCAAAGAUUGUAUUAGAGAACAUUGAACUCAGUAACCCAGUCUCCAAGCAGAUGAUUUGGUUGGGGUUAAUUGUAGGUCUUUUGUGGCCUUUUCUUUCGAAGGCAGCCCAAUAAAAACAUGCACCUCUAGAAAAGCAGUGACAAUAC